AUGUAUAAGUCGGCCGCGGGGUUAGUUAGACUUUAUUCUACAGCUGCCGCCGCAAACGGUACAUCAUCAGGCUCUUCUUCUUCUGCUGCUGCACCACAAUAUCAUUCAUCUUCUGGAUCUAAAGUUGGUGCUAAUCUUCAUACUCAUACAGUCAAAACCCCUGUGGGGAUUAAAGCGGCUAUUGCUUCAUUGAAGCCUAAAACCACCAGAUUGUCCAAUGAAGGUCCUAUUGAAUGUGAUUUACAUGGUUUCCAAUUAUUAAACUCACCAGUGUUCAAUAAAGGUUCCGCUUUCUCCUUAGAGGAGCGCAAGGCUUUCGGGUUGGAUGGGUUGUUACCCUCCCAAGUUAAUACUUUGGAUGAGCAAGUUGACAGAGCUUACAAACAAUUCAAAUACUUGAAGACCCCCUUAGCUAAGAAUGAUUUCUUAACUAGUAUGAGAAUCCAAAACAAAGUCUUGUACUAUGAAUUGGUCAGAAGACAUAUAAGAGAAAUGUUGCCAAUCAUUUAUACUCCAACUGAAGGUGAUGCUAUUGCUCUGUAUUCUCAUAGAUUUAGAAAACCAGAAGGUUGUUUCCUUGACAUCACCGACCCUGAUUCUAUCGACAAAAGAUUGGCUGUCUAUGGUGAAGACAAGGAUAUCGACUACAUUGUUGUUUCCGAUGGUGAAGCUAUAUUGGGUAUCGGUGACCAAGGUGUUGGUGGUGUGAGAAUUUCCAUUGCCAAAUUGGGUUUAAUGACUCUUUGUGGUGGUAUUCACCCAGGUAGAGUUUUACCGAUAGUCUUGGAUGUGGGUACUAAUAACGAAACUUUACUUAACGAUGACUUGUACAUGGGUAACAAGUUUCCAAGAGUCAGAGGUGAACAAUAUUGGGACUUUAUCGAUAAGUUUAUACAUUCUCUUAAAAAGAGAUUCCCCUCUGCAGUUUUGCAUUAUGAAGACUUUGGUACCUUUACUGGUAGGGACAUGUUAUACAAAUACAGAGACUUUAUCCCAUCUUUCAAUGAUGAUAUUCAAGGUACCGGUGCUGUUGUGAUGGCAUCUAUUACUGCUGGUUUGAAAUACACAAACCGUAAACUUUUGGACACCAAAGUGGUUAUCUACGGAGCUGGUUCUGCUGGGUUAGGUGUAGCUGAUCAAAUUGUUAACCAUAUGGUGAGUCAUGGUGCUACUCCUGAACAAGCUAGACUGAAGAUUGUUUGUAUGGAUAGAAGAGGAGUUAUUUUGAAGUCCAUGGAAUCUCCAGAACAUCAAGCUCUUUAUAGUGAAGACGACAAGGAAUGGGAAGGGAUAGAUACUAAGAAUUUGGUUGAAGUUGUUAGAAAAGUUCAACCAACUGUUUUGGUAGGUACUUCUACUCAAGCUGGUGCUUUCACUGAACAAGUUAUCAGGGAAAUGUACAAGUACAAUCCUAAUCCGUUUGUUUUCCCCUUAUCUAACCCUACCAGAUUGCAUGAAGCUUUCCCCGUUGAUAUCAUGAAAUGGACAGACAACAAUGCAUUGAUUGCGACAGGGUCUCCCUUCCCACCUGUUGAUGGUUACUACAUUUCCGAAAACAACAAUUGCUUCACAUUCCCAGGUAUUGGGUUGGGUGCUGUUUUAUCUAGAACAACUACUAUCACCGACACCAUGAUUUCUGCUGCUGUUGAUCAAUUGGCUUCUAUGUCACCCAAGAUGAAAAAUCCUAAGAAUGGGUUGUUGCCAAGAUUGGAAGAAGUUGAUGAGGUUUCUGCUUAUAUUGCAACUGCGGUUGUCUUACAAGCUUUAAAGGAAGGGAAUGCUCAAGUGGAAAAGGAACAAAGACCUGAUGGUGGGUUUGUGUCUGUUCCACGUAACUUUGAUGAAUGUUUGAAAUGGGUUCAAUCCCAAUUAUGGAGACCCGUUUACAGACCAAUGGUUAGUGUUGAACAUAUUCCUGAAAUCCAUACAUUCCAACACUAA